AGAAGUUAUAGUUCCAGAAACUCCGCAUGAUUCAGACUCUAUCUCCGUCGAAAAGAAUGAUAAAUCCAUCCGGACAUGGGUGUCAAUGGUCGACGCUUUCCCAAACCAUUGGCACAUUGCAUCCCAAAGACACGUAUGUGGAGUUUUUCUUUCUUACCGCUUAUGGCGGCCCCAAGGGCAAACAGAAGCACAACCAUUCUAUGGAUAUGAAAUUGGUUCGUGUAUAUACAAAGCAUACCGGCUCAUUAGGACAUUCCCACAUUCACAUUCACCACUACCACCAUGACAAUCGUCCAAUUAGACGCUUCAUCGAUCGCGCUCUUAAAGGAGCAUGUAGAACACAAAGAAUUCGAUCUCGACAUAGAAUUCGGUGGUCUAGAGGCGCGCAAUAAGCUAGAGCGCAAACUUUUAUGGAAAAUCGACCUGCGUAUGUCAAUCCUGGUUCUGAUGUACAUUCUCAAUCAUAUGGAUAGGACCAAUAUCAGUACGGUGCGCGUAGAACUCACUACCGACCUUCAUCUCGAGGGUCAUCAGUAUCCAACGCUCUUGUCUAUCCUCCUUGUCGGAUAUAUUAUCAUGCAGAUCCCUUCUAACAUGUUUCUCAAUUACACUGGAAAACCGUCGCUUUAUCUGCCUGCUUGUAUGGUAAUCUGGGGAGUCAUAUCGGCGCUAACUGGGAUCACUACAAAUUUCGUUGGAGCGCUCCUAACCCGAUUCUUCCUUGGCUUCGUGGAAGCAGCGGUUUUCCCCGGCGCCGUGUUCUUGAUUUCGAAGUGGUACAAGAGAUCAGAAAUAGGUGUCAGAUUAGCCAUCCUCUAUUGCGGAAACAUAACCAGCACCGCCUUCGGAGCGCUUAUUGCAUCAGGUAUUCUUGCUAACAUGGACGGUGUCCGCGCUCAAGCCGCAUGGAGGUGGCUUUUCUACAUUGAAGGCAGUCUGACCGUCACUAUUGCGAUAGUGGCUGUCUUUAUUUUGCCAGACUUUCCGACGACGACAAAGUGGCUUACCGAUGACGAGCGUCGGCUUGCAUUGAAACGUAUGGAGGAGGACGCUGGUGUCGGGGACCAGUCAGAAACUGAGCAUGGGGGCCACGGUCACGGCUUUUACCUAGCUAUCACCGACUGGAAGGUGUGGCUGUUCUCAUUCCUAUGUGCUGCUCAAGCGUUGGCAGAGUCCUUCACUGUCUAUUUUCCCACUCUCACUGCGACGCUUGGUUACAACUCAACGGUGACGCUGCUCCUGGUUGCGCCUCCUUUCGUCUUUGCCGCCGCUGUCGUAUUCGCAGUGGCUAGGCACUCUGAUAGAACACAAAAACGGUUCUACUACAUGAGCGCAUCAAACAUUGUUGCCAUCAUUGGGUUCAUUAUUUCAAUGUGCACCAUGAACACCGCUGCUCGAUACUUCUCUCUGUUUCUCAUGGCGCAGCUCUAUGCAGGAAGUAUGUUGCUUUUCGCAUGGCUCAGUACCUCAUUCGCCCGACCGCCGUCAAAGCGUGCAGUGUGUUUUUCGCUCAUCAGUUCACUUCAGCAACUCGGCGGCAUUGCAGGGUCGUACGUCUGGCCAUCCAAUUGGGGCCCUACCUAUCGGUACUCCUAUGUCAUUUGCCUCGUCGCUAGCUGUACUGUGAUUAUCAUGAGCUGGAUUUUCCGGCAGUAUCUGAAGACAUUGAACAAGAAACUGGAAGAAGAAGAGCAGGAGAAAGGGAUCACAGCAAAGGGAUUCCGUUAUAUUCUGUGAACGAUGGUCCUACGUAGUGAUAUUGAAUGGCAAUAUGUAUCUGCAAUGUUU